AUGGCGAACAUUCGCCGAAUGUGUGUCGCUAACCCGGGAACUCGUGAGAUAUCUCGGAUGACUCUUCUCGAUCCGAAUGAGACAUUCGAAUCAUUCGAUUACGUGAUCGAUCGCAUGAACUACAACUAUGAGCAUCUUCGAGUGGAAUUCGUUAGUGAAUACGUGGUCAGCGUAAAACUAAACCGCCCACGUCAGAUGAAUGCGCUUAAUCAGAAAAUUUGGAGCGAAAUCGAAGACGUGUUCAAGAAACUAGACAUUGACGAAAAUUGCCGAGUUAUUAUUUUGAGCGGCGAAGGAAAAGCGUUCUCGUCUGGUCUCGAUCUCAAAGAUGGUGGUCUAACCGAACUCAUAACCCUAGAAGAAGGCGACGACGUUGCAAGGAAAGCAAGACAAAUUCGCAGAAAAAUUCAGAAAAUGCAACAAGCGUUCACAAAUAUUGAAGAGUGCUGCAAACCAGUGAUUGCGGCUAUUCAUGGAGUUUGCUACGGUGGAGGUAUCGACAUCAUAUCAGCAUGCGACAUUCGUCAAUGCACCAAGGAUGCGACCUUUUCAGUGAAGGAAGUGGAUGUUGGCCUAGCUGCAGAUGUCGGUAGCCUUAAUCGUUUGCCAAAAAUUUGUGGCAAUGAAAGUUGGCUGAAAGAGGUUGCAUUUUCUGCCCGCAACUUUGGAGCGGAUGAAGCGUUCAAAUUUGAUUUGGUGAGUCGCAUUCACGCCACGUAUGACGACAUGUUCAGAGAAGUUCUUAGUCUAGCCAGGAAUAUAGCCGAGAAGAGCCCAGUCGCAGUACAAGGGACCAAGGUCGUUCUAAACUUUUCCCGUGAUCAUACUGUUGAAGAAGGCUUGCGAUUUGUGGCCACAUGGAAUCAAUCACAACUGAUGACAGAAGAUAUUUCAAAGAGUGGACUAGCAACGAUGACUAAAUCACCAAUGCCGCCUUUUUCAAAAAUAUAA